CAAGAAGGCGCUGCGUUGGCUAGCACACUUCCAUGCUGGCCAUCGACACUAAGUGGAGUAGCAUGUCUCGUUUGCAGCGCCCGUUUGUGUUCCUUGUAGUUAUCCCUUCCUUGUUCGUGGUGCUAGUGGUCGUCUGGCAUACGCACGUGAAUCACAGAAAAUCCAGACUUUCAACUACGGUGGCAUAUUCACACAUAAGUGAACUGGCUCCACACAUAAGUGUAUUGCCUACUACCAGUAUUGAUUCCAACUCACUCAAUGUAACUGAAAAGAAUGAGACGAUGCAACCAACCAUUGCACAAGCUACACACAGGCGGACUAUUUCAGUAGUUCCCACAACUGGCCAUAUCUCUGCUCCAUGCCCAGACAUAGAAAAUCCUCUUUUGCCACUUACAUCUGGACAACCGAAGGCUUGUGAAAACAGUGACACAUUUUACGCGUCUCCUCUUUUCUGUCAUUCUUCAAGCAAAACGAUUGUCCUCAUUCUUGUUCUGUCAUACAUUGGAAACUUUGAGGCAAGACAUCAAGGUCGAACAAUGUGGUUACGAUCUCGUUUCAAGAUGAAUUCUGAAUUUGUUAAAAGUCAUCCUUGGGCAUAUGUGUUUGUGGUUGGUAAAGCUCAUGGAAAGGAUGCAGAAAACUUAGAAAAAAUGGCAGCAAUAGAGCAAUGCCAUUAUAAAGACAUUUUGCAAGUUGAUGUGGUAGAGAACUAUUACAAUCUUACUUGGAAGAAACUUGAGGCAUGGAAGUACUUGAUCAAAUCACAAUCGGAGUUUGAAGUGAUGCUGAAGGGAGACGAUGAUUCAUUCAUCAAUAUUCAGCUUGUUUUUGAGUGGUUAGAUGAGGUGAUUCCUAAAGUGUACAUUAGAAGCAAGCAAUCGAACUUUUCUCUUCAUGUGAUGUAUGGAGGAUUGUGUCCACUUAGAGGUUCUCCAAUAAGAUCCAAAGGUAGUAAAUGGUAUUUGUCUGUUGAACAUUAUGCACCAAAAUCUUUUCCACCAUUUUGUUUUGGUGUUGGUUACUUUGUAUCAAAAGACUUGAUAAAAGCUAUACUCAAGGUACCAGACUUGAUGUAUUCAUUCAGAUUAGAAGAUGUUCACACCGGAAUAUUAGUGGCUAAGACUGGUCUUGUUCCAGCUGCUGAUGUGAUGGGUACUAACAGAGUUUGUAACCUUGAUUCCAAGUCUUGCACAAAAAUACGGUGUCGUCAACCCUUUAUAAUCACGUCUGAGAGUGAAGCAAGAAGAGCUGAAUUGUUUAAGUACUUUAUGCAAACUAAGUGCUGAAUGUCUGCUUGAAAGAUUGUGUCUCAAUGGUUCUUGGUGGUUUGGAUACUGCUCGUGAUUUUGUCUUGCUUUUUCCUUCUCUCUUUAUAUUAUCCUUGAGCUUCCUUGACUAGAAUUCAAAUUUUUCUUUCUGAGAUCUCCUUUCCUUUGCUCUCUUGUUUUGAAACUAGACUUUUACAACUCUUGCAGGAAGUCCUGUUACUCUAGCAAGGUUCUCUGACUGUUCGAGUUGGUCUAGUAUUCUUAGCCUAGGCGACUUUCAACGCAUCUGUUUGUUUGGUAGAUAUGCUCAUUCUAGGACGUUUCACAGUAAAUUCGGCAUCAGGAUCUUUAGCCUUUUUCAUGGUCUUCCUUGCAGACAACUUUACUAUCUUCCAUCAAGAAGAAUUCGUCUUCUGAUAUACAUGUACUACAAUGUCGACUGCAUCUAUAUUUUUUCUUAACAUUUUAGCUAUUUCUGACGUGGCUUAAUUUCAUUACUACUUAGCUAACAACAGAUUAUAGAAAAAAUU